AUGAGGACCCCCGUUGCAACCGCCAUCCAACUUCCCAAUCGCACUCGGCCUCGAUUCCCAAUUCGUCCAUCGCGAAAACUCUAUCUCUCUCCCUCUCAGUCCCAUGUAACCAACGCACAUGUCAGAAUGCUCUUGAUGCUGGACAAAUCUGGCCAAAUGCCUGUGUGUCUUCCUUCAGUCGCUUCGGUCGCAUCGCCUACACAAGCGCGGCUGCCUCAUCGAAGACAUGCAUAUGCCACAUCGCCUUAG